CCUUCCUCUUCCUGCCCGAACAGCUCAGUUCAGGAAGAAGAAAUAAUGGCGACGCUUCUGGGGUCCGAGUCCCCUUGUACUGGAGGAAAACGAAGAAAUUGCAGCAGCAAUAUCGUCACAAAGUUCACGGCCAGUAAGAUUACUGGCCAGGGUUUCAGCCGAGGGACACAGCUCCCAGGUGGCCUGCUCCAGGAGAGAGAUAAACGCGCCAAAUGGCAUGGCAUCCCUACUCUGCUGCAGAAGCUCUACGAGAGCAGCCAUCCCAACAGUGACCUCUCCCAUGCCCACAGCUUUCUUAAGGUUUUAUCUUCCCAGCUCUCCAUGGAGGCCAUGUCCUUUGUCACGGAGGACAGGAAGACCGCUCAGGAAUCCACCUUCCCCAACACGUACACCUUUGACCUCUUUGGUGGAGUCGAUCUGCUUGUGGAGAUCCUGAUGAGACCUACACUAACUAUGCAGAAGAAAAAACCCAAAAUGAAUGAUGACUUGGUCAAAGACUGCCUUAGUGUUCUCUACAACUGUUGUAUAUGUACGGAGGGGGUCACAAAGAGCCUGGCAGCGAGGGAUGACUUUGUUCUGUUUCUCUUCACCUUGAUGACAAACAAGAAGACUUUCCUACAGACUGCUACUCUCAUUGAAGAUAUUCUUGGAGUUAAAAAGGAGAUGAUCCAGUUAGAGGGCAUCCCCAACCUGUCAGGCCUGGUCCAAAGCUUUGACCAGCAACAGCUGGCCAACUUCUGUCGCAUCCUGUCUGUCACAAUCUCAGAACCUGACGUAGGAAAUGAUGACAAGCACACCCUGUUGGCCAAAAAUGCUCAGCAGAAGCGCAAUGCUAGUCCCUCGCGAGCAGAGGUCAACCAGGUCACCCUUCUGAACAUCCCUGGUUUCAUUGAGCGGCUGUGUAAGCUGGCCACUAGGAAGGUGUCUGAAGCUACAGGCGCCAACUUCCUGCAGGAGCUGGAGGACUGGUACACGUGGCUGGACAAUGCUCUGGUGCUGGAUGCCCUCAUGCAGAUGGCUACAGAGGAGGCUGAACAAAGCAGCACAGAGUCAUCAGAUGAGAGCUCUCUGGCUACCAGCCCUCUGAGGCAUCGACUGCCCCAGUCCAUGAAGAUCGUUCAUGAGAUCAUGUACAAAGUGGAAGUGCUCUAUGUGCUCUGUGUCCUCCUUAUGGGCCGACAGAGGAACCAGGUUCACAAGAUGCUGGCUGAGUUCCGUCUCAUCCCAGGUCUCAACAACCUGUUUGACAAACUCAUCUGGAGGAAAUACACAGCUUCAAACCAUGUGGUGCACGGCCAGAAUGAGAACUGCGACUGUAGUCCAGAAAUCUCCUUCAAAAUCCAGUUCUUGCGGCUACUUCAGAGUUUCAGUGAUCAUCAUGAAAACAAGUACCUCCUCCUGAACAGCCAGGAGCUGAAUGAACUGAGUGCCAUAUCCAUGAAGGCCAACAUCCCAGAGGUGGAAGCUCUGGUCAACACAGACAGAAGUCUAGUGUGUGAUGGAAAGAAGGGCCUCCUCACACGUCUCCUUACUGUCAUGAAGAGGGAGCCUCCAGAUUCGUCUUUCAGAUUCUGGCAGGCAAGAGCAGUGGAAAGUUUCCUCAGAGGAGCCACAUCCUAUGCAGACCAAAUGUUCCUUCUGAAGAGGGGACUGCUGGAGCACAUCCUGUUCUGCAUCAUAGACAGUGGCUGUACAUCUCGAGAUGUCCUUCAGAGCUACUUCGAUCUGCUUGGAGAACUCAUGAAGUUCAACAUCGAUGCCUUCAAAAGAUUCAACAAAUACGUCAACACUCCAGAGAAGUUUCAGACCUUCCUGACACAGAUCAACAGUUCUCUGGUGGACUCUAACAUGCUGGUGCGCUGCAUCGUCCUCUCGCUGGACCGCUUUGAGAGCCAGACUGAAGAUGUCAAAGUGGUAGAGGUACUUUCUGAGUGCUGCCUGCUGUCCUACAUGGCCAGAGUUGAGAACAGGCUGUCCUUCCUCUUCCGACUGAUCAACAUCAUCAACGUACAGACACUCACACAGGAGAAUGUGAGCUGUUUAAACACCAGUUUGGUGAUCUUGAUGCUGGCAAGAAGAAAGGCUAAACUGCCCUUCUACCUCAAUGCCCUGCGGGAGAAGGAGUAUGCUGAAAAGUACCCAGGCUGCCUGCUCAACAAUUUCCACAACCUACUGCGCUUCUGGCAGCGCCACUACCUCAACAAGGACAAAGACAGCACCUGUCUGGAGAACAGCUCCUGUAUCCCCUUCAGCUACUGGAAGGAGACGGUGUCAGUGCUGCUGGGCUCAGACAGGACUUCUCUGUGUGCCAUAGCGAGCUACAUCGAUGAGCCUUUCAUGGAUCUGGACAGAGACCUGCUGGAGGAUUGACCUCCAGCGUGUGCACUCAGUGUGCUGGGGAUGGGAUGGGGCAGACGGUCACGGGGAACAUGGACACCUAAAGCUGGUGACGACUCCCCUGAGCCGAGCCAUCCAGGCGCUUUGUGACUGCGUUCUGGAUGUAAAUCUCACCUGUCUACUGUCUGCACCUUCGCAUGGAGGCCGUCCUCACAGACGUGAGCAGAUGCGCAAUUUGCCUGGCUGCCGUCUUCUCACUAAGUUAUCAAAGGAAGAGGAGAAAAACCUGUAAGCCCGCCCCAGAUUGGCCACACGGUAUAACGGACAGUUUAAGGACCUUGGAAAAUGACACCUGCAUUGGUUGUUUGCUUUAGGUGAAAUUCAGAUAGAGCUUUUUAUAUAACCUAUACAAAAUUCUAUGAAAAAAUAUGUAUGAUUCAACAAAUUAUAUGUUAGAAAAAAAGAUUCUUUUCACGUGGACUUGGUUUGGAAAUGACCACAGAUAGAGCUUUCACCCAGACGUGCAGGUUGGUGGUGUGUCCCAGGGCUGCCAGGAGUCACCAGCCUCACUCUCACACUACCUUCACGCUCUCUGUUGACUCCAUGCCACUCCACUGCCUGACCUGUGGGGCAAACUGGUGAUAGUGGAGUUUUUUUGCAGGGGGUCUUCUCAAAAGAGCAUUUUCAUUUAACCUGUCUGUGGGUCUAUUUUGUUAGGUGGCUAUUGUUGAUGGUGCUUUCUGGCUGUACUCAGCACAUUUAGGUAGCUUGAGGGCCGGCUGACAUGUUCUACAUAUCACACGGGGUUCCUCGUACCUAAAACCAUCCAUUCUGUUGUGGCUUCAGAAGCUUCACUCCAGGGACUCGACUUUUUUCCAGGUUAUUUUUGUUGAUUGACUUUUUGUCUUGUUCAAAACAAUGGCUUUUAGCUCUGGUUAAAUUGUAGAAUAAAACAUUGCACAGAUGAAUUGUUUUUAUUGUUUAUUAUAUUUUAACACAUUUGUUCAUUAAAAACAUCUUCAUUCUGUAACAGAAUUUGUAUCCAUGUUGUGAGAGAUGCUUUGGGAAGAGAAUAAACUAUGCAGGCGUUAGUGUUAAGACGAGACUUUUUGUUCCAGCCCACACAGUUUGUUUUACGUGACUUAGCCUUCAGCCCAACAUCAUCAGCUUUGGAUUGAAAGUCCACCACUUUUUCUGGUUAGCUGCCAUUUUUCACAGUCUUUGGCCACAAGCUGAGAAUGACAAUCUUUCUGUUUUGAUGGCUCUUUCUUUGCAUGGCACAACUUGAUGUUUAACUCGGAUUGAGGAGGAACGGUGAAGCACAGCUCUGUAAAAGAUGUCUAUAGCCUGAACGUGCUGCUGAUUUAUUAGAAACGGCAGAUGCGGAGCUGAGCAGAUAAUUUGGUGUCUUAAAUUAAACAGUGUGAACCUGAGAUAAGUACAAAUGAAUCAGCUACCUCAUAUUUUAUCCUGACACCGUACAGAUCAAACCACUUCUGAUGACAAGUGUACAGAUUUACUCCCAGCAUGUCAUGAGUCAUAACACGCGUUCAUGUGAAUGUAUAAGGGCAUUUCUACGGUUGGCCCCUGAUGCCAUGAGUUUUACUUGUGCUCUGCCGCCUUGGGAUGCAAACAAACACGUUCUUUACAUGUUUGAAGCCUUUUAUUUGCUUUAAAGCUAAUUAAGAUUGUUUUCUAGCUUUCAUUCAGCAUGUCUUAAAUCUCUUGAUGGGUGUGCACAUACUUUUAAUUAGUUCAUCUUUUGUGCUUUGCAGUGGCAUAAAUGCAAGUACACAACAAGUGCUUCUCUUACGGAUUCUUAGUUUUCUUUGUUGAAUGCCCAAGAAAGUUUGCUGUUGUUUCUUGAAAUCACAAUAUAGUUUGAGGCAGGAUUCUUCUGCAGUGGUGUUCUUUAGUACUGACUGUGUGUUAUCAUCACUCUUCUUGCUUCGGUCAUCCGCGGUGGAAGUCAGAGAGGCUGUUGGUGUGAUGGCAUGAAUGUUGUGAGCUCUUUGGAGCAACUGUAUAAACAAUCUCUGAACCCUGACUUCUGUAGCUUUGUGAUCUGAGUUUGAGAGAGGUCCUUCUGUAAGAUGCACAAGAGAACUGGUUCUCAACAGUUAUGUGGUGUGACGCUCCUACUAGGCCUUAGAUUUCAUCUAAUAGUUUGUAUAGAAAAUGUUGAAAUGUUAUCCUCUUGGCCAAGAACAUGCUGCAUAUUAUAACACACUAUUUGAGUUUUAUUUUAGAUCCCUGAAACUUUGACUUUAACCGUAGACUUAUGUAAUGUUUAGCAUGAUGAAGUCCUUAUGAGACACAUUUUGAAGCCAGACACAUUUUAAAACUGUGGUGCUUUUAUUGAUCAAAUGUGAUUGUAUCUCGCCUCACUAAGGCUGACGGCAUUUAAGAGAGGCUGAAAGUGGAUGAUAUGGUGUAAAAUCUCAAUCAUAAGAUCAUUUAAGGAAGCGGCCCAUAUAUAUAUAUUUUGCAUUUCACUUUCAUCUUUUCACUUCAGUCUUAAUCUCUGUGUAACUCUGUUUAAACUACCAAGCAGAGAAAAGUUUCAUUUUCACAUUCUACUAUAACCACUUCUGUAACCAACUCUCACCCUCAUGCUCCCCCUCUAAUGCUGGUAUUGAACUUCAUUUUUCCUUAUUUAACAGCUGUUUGUCAAGCUAAUGAUAUAAUAAAUUCUUCUUUAGACUGUC